AUGCGAUGUCCUGAAUACCUCGCGUCGAAACGGAUCGUACAUCGCGACUUGGCAGCGCGAAACGUUCUCGUCUGUGAGAGCGACGUCGUCAAGAUAUCUGAUUUCGGCCUCUCUAGAAACAUCUACGAACAGAACUCGUACACGAUGAUGAGUGGCUCCAAAGUUCCCGUAAAGUGGAUGGCACCCGAGGCUCUGUUUGAUCAAAUUUACACUACACAGAGCGAUGUCUGGUCGUUCGGCGUGCUACUGUGGGAGAUAGUCACCCUCGGCGCAGCGCCGUACCCAGCCGUCGUCGACACCGGCGAGCUGCUGUGGCUACUCAAGAAUGGUUACAGGAUGGCGAAACCAGACAACUGCCGACAGAAAAUUCAUGACAUCAUGUUAGCGUGUUGGCACUCCCGCUCCGUCUGUCGCCCAACAUUCGCUGAUAUCAAGCGGCGAUUAGAUCAGAUUAAGGACUACGGACCUUACCUAGCAUCUAACUCGUUUGAAAAUGAAUACUACUCCGCAAACGUCUCUAUGUUGCGACAAACGGGGUCAGAUGAGGACGAAGCGGCUGGGCAGUGCAAGCCAUCAACUUAA